GAGGGUGUAGAAGGAUGCCGGGAUUGGAAACGGAUGGGUGGAUCUCUGGGACGCUUUUCUUCCUAUGCACUGGAGCCUCAGUUUUGGGACGGAGAUCUGCUCAGAUGCGACUUUUGGGGAGGACUUCAGGAAGACGAAAGGGGGAUACGCUAACUGUCUUUAAUCUUCACAUAGGAAAAUUGGAGGAGUUCUCUGCUGCUCCUGAGUGCAGGAUGAGAACCAAGGGGUUGAAAUAGACAGGACGAGGGGUUUCCCAAGAGUAAGAGCUGUUGGGCAGUGGAACAGUCUGCCUCAUGCAGUGAAGCUGUGGCGCUGUAGCCAGGGGAGGGGAAGGAACUUCCCGCCUGCAGCCACGAUGGAGGCCGUGGACCUGUCCUUCCUUUCGGAGGGGGAGCGGGAUCUGAUCCUCCAAGUCCUGCAGCGAGACGAGGAGCUUCGGAAAGCUGAAGAGAGGAGAAUCAGGCGGCUGAAGAAUGAGCUGCUGGAUAUCCGCAGGAAGGGCGCCAAGCGGGGCAGCCAGCGCUACAGCCAGAGGACCUGCGCCCGCUGCCAGCAGAGCCUGGGCCGCGUCAGCCCCAAGGCCCACACUUGCUGUGGCUGCAACCACCUGGUGUGCCGGGACUGCCGCUCCUACAGCACCAACAGCUCCUGGCGCUGCAAAGUCUGCUCCAAGGAAGCGGAGCUGAAGAAGUCGACCGGGGACUGGUUCUACGACCAAAGGAUCAAUCGCUUUGCAACCAGGUUGGGGAGUGAUAUUGUUCGGAUGUCCCUCCGCCGCAAACCACAAUCCAACAAGAGGGAGACGGUGGGGCACGCCCUGCUGCAGAAAGCCCAGCUGGGCGAUCCCAAAGCCUCUGCCAGGGCGGUGCAGAAGAGUCCCCAGCAGCGCCAGGAGCCCAGCAGCUUGGCUGCUGAUUCCUCCGAGCCACGAGAUGCGAAGAGCGACACGGAGUCCAUGGAGAACAUGAGCCUGGAUGGCUCCCGCCCUGUCUUGGCUCCCAGAGCUGCCAGCUCCAGCCCUCAUCAAGAGAAGACGAAACCCGUCAGUCCCUCGGGGUCCAAUGUAUCCAGCCGGACCCUCCCCGUCCGCUCCAGAGAGGUCCUCCCCUCGGAUUCAGACAACGAAGCUUGUUUGGGGAGUCACCAGAGCACUGCUUCAGCGGACGAGAGCGAAACCUUAUUUAAGAAGAAUCCCAAGAGAACUUCGCGGCCUUCAGAAUACACCAAGUCGGUGAUUGACCUGCGACCAGAGGAGCCCAGUCGUGAAGGCGGACCUCUGGGAGACCGAAGCAAGUCCGUCCCAGGCCUCAACGUUGACAUGGAGGAGGAGGAGGAAGAAGAGGACAUCGACAGCCUGGUUGAAAUUCACCGGAGGAGGGCGGCCAGGUGCAGCAUGCGAAGCGGGACAUCUUCGAGCACUCUGGGAAGCAUGAUGAGCAUCUACAGCGAGGCAGGUGACUUUGGCAACGUCUGCGUGACGGGAGAAAUCUCCUUCGCCUUGAAUUAUGACCAGAAGGCCCAGAUCCUCCUGAUCCACGUGAAGGAGUGCAGCCACCUGGCGUACGCCGACGAAGCCAAGAAGCGCUCCAACCCGUAUGUGAAGACGUACCUUCUCCCAGACAAAUCCCGCCAAGGGAAACGCAAAACCACCAUCAAAAGGAACACCGUCAACCCCCUGUACAACGAGCUGCUGAAGUACGAGAUCAACAGGUCCCUCCUGCUGACCAGAACCUUGCAGUUCUCCGUCUGGCAUCACGACCGCUUUGGCCGAAACACGUUCUUGGGAGAAGCGGAGGUCCCAAUGGACUCCUGGAACACUGAGAGCCCACUGGAAGAAUGUCUGCCUCUGCAGGGCAAGGACAGCUCAGGCUCGACUGCCUCUCAGUAUCAAGGCGAGCUGGUGGUUUCCUUGAAGUACAUUCCGCCGGCAAAGCACCCUGCUACAGGGAAUGGAAGGAAAGGCAAGAGAGAAGACAGAGGGGAACUUCAGGUCUGGAUCAAAGAGGCCAAGAACUUGACAGCUGCCAAAUCCGGAGGGACGUCUGACAGCUUCGUGAAGGGCUAUUUGCUACCUCUGCGGACCAAAGCCACCAAAAGGAAGACUCCGGUUGUGAAGAAGAGUCUGAACCCACACUACAACCACACGCUGGUCUACAACAACGUUGGCUUGGAAGAACUGCAGCAGCUCUGCCUGGAGCUUACCGUGUGGGACCGGGAGCCCCUCUCCAGCAACGACUUCUUGGGAGGCGUCCGGCUGGGGGUUGGGAAUGGAAUGAGCAACGGCCAGGUGGUAGACUGGAUGGACUCAACAGGCGAGGAGAUAGGCUUGUGGCAGAAGAUGUGCAAGUACCCGGGGUCCUGGGCGGAAGGGACGCUCCCCCUGCGCUCCACCAUGGCCAGGUCGAAACCAUAGCUCUGGGCCUGCCCGCCUGCUUCGGAGCGGAAAACGGGAGGCGAAGGAAGCAGGAUGUCCUGCCGCCUAAAGCUCCCUUGGCCCUGGAUGGGGGCCCGUUCUGGUUCUUGGCCACCCAUCUUAGUCCUCAGGAUCAAGGUCGGGGGCAGUGAUCCUUCUAACAAGGAUUCCUUGUCAGGAAGCCCACCUGGCUUUCGCUGACUACAACUCCCAUAGUCCCCAAGCAAAAGCCGUUGCAGCUGGGGAUUCUGGGAGUUGUAGUCAACAAACAUCUGGGAAGCCCUGUUAGAGGAAACACUGGUCGGGGGCAGGCAGCCUGGGGCCCGCCAGCAGCCGCUGAUCUCCAGCCCUCCUCAUCCCCUGCCACCGUUGUGGAACUGGCGUUCAGCCACAGCCGGAUGCCAGAGGCUGCCUACCCCAGUCUAGGUGCUGUAACGGCCCUAGAAUUGUAUCCCAGCUGGUGCCUUGCCUGGGUGCUCUCACGGUGCCUUUUAAAACACUUAAAAAAAAUACUCUCUUUCUCUCCUGGCUGCCUUGGCUUUCUAUGGUAACGUGUUUCUAUUUCUCUUCCUGCUUAAAUGUUGUGGCGAGCUUCUGUUUUGUGUGCUGGGGAGAGGGUGGUUGAAAUAAAGUUCCAAUGUCUGA